AUGGGUGUCCCAUCUGUGAUGAUAUUGCCCCUGCUGGUGGUGGUGCUCGCCGGAUUCUAUUACAUUUACAAUGAGGUCAUCCAGUUCAUGUCCAAGUCCAUAGUGCGGAACAAAGUGGUGGUGAUUACGGAUGCCGUGUCUGGAAUGGGAAGCGAGUGUGCUAGGCUGCUUCAUGAGGGUGGUGCGCGCUUGGUGCUAUGUGGACCCACCUGGGAUAAGCUGGAGUCUCUGAGUGACUCACUGUGCAGUGCCGCAGACCCCAGCAAAACCUUCACACCCAAGCUGGUGCUGCUGGACUUCAGUGAUAUAGACAGCAUGGAGGAAGUGAUCGCAGAGAUCGGGGAGUGCUACGGCUGUGUGGACGUUCUGAUAUGCAACAGCAGCAUGAAGGUCAAAGCCCCAGUUCAGAACCUCUCCCUGGAGAUGGACAAAACCGUCAUGGACGUCAACUACUUUGGGCCGAUCACUUUGGCAAAAGGCAUUCUGCCAAUGAUGGUUGCCCGGAGAACAGGUCACUUUGUACUUGUCAACAGCAUCCAAGGGAGGCUGGCUGUUCCAUUCCGCAGUUCUUACGCUCCUUCCAAACAUGCUGUGCAGGCCUUCUUUGACUGUCUGAGAGCGGAGAUGGAGGAGUACGGCAUCUCCGUCAGUACGAUAAGCCACACCUUCAUUAAUGCCACCACCCAGAACCCCACCCCCUCCAACUCCCAGCCCACCAACGCCCUGUGGGCAUACAUUUUGAGGAAGCUGAAGACACAUGGUGUGAACCCCAAUGACCUGGCCAGUGAGAUUGUGAAGGUGGUGAACGGCAGGAGGAGAGAAGUACUCCUGACUCACCCCAUCCCCUGGGCCGCCCUCUAUAUCCGUUCAUUGCUGCCCAGCUUCUUCUUCGCCGUGGUGGCAGCAGGGGUGAGGGACGGGCCCAUGGCUGACCAGCUGAAGUAGAUCUGUUUGCAAGAUCAAAGUAAUGGCCGAAAGAAAGGAAUGUUUUUUUGGAAGAGGCUCAUCAUUAGAAUGUGUGUAAAGCUAUAGCUCUCUACUAUACAUGAGAAGGAGUCACAAUUUGACCUUGAACUAGGAUUGCCAGCCCUCAGGUAUUGGCUUUGAGGCCUCCUGGGGAAAAAAAAAUAAAGAUUUUUAUGAAAUUGUCAUUUUUAUAAAAAUUCAAGAGUUUUCAUAAAAAAAGAAUAAUGAGAAUACGAUCAGAGUGACUGAUAGAUCGUCAUAGUACUAGAUACAUGUCAUAGUGUGACAGCAUACCAAAAUGCUGCUGGGUAUUGCAGAGACAUCCUUCCCUCGCAAAAGGAAGGAAAAAGACAAAGGAUAUGAGUAAAAACAGGAGUUUCCAAAACUAGAGCUCAAAAAUAAUAAAAAUAUUUAGAGAAAAUGGGACUCCAAACUAUUGUGUGAUUGUGCUGAUAGACCACAAAUUACCACUAUUCGAUAUACAGUACGGUUUUUUAUGAGAGAGAGGAGUAAAUCAGGUCCCACUCCUGCUUCAGAUCUGAAUAAAAACCAAAAAAA